CCCCUAACCCCCAACCCCUAAACCCUAAACCCUAAACCCUACCCUUACCCCAACCCCUAAACUUUACCCUUACCCCUAAACCUAACCCACAACCUAAACCCUAACCCGAGGAGAAAAGAAGUCUUACAAUGAAGAUUUACAGGAUUCUGAUCUCUGCAAUCAGAUGAAGCUUGAAGAUAAAGAGGAACAAGCACCAGUCCAGAGUUUUGGAAUAAAUGAUAGUCUUGUGGUUAUGGAUCUGGACGUCUGUGUGUUUCUGCAGCAGAAGCUUCAGCAGGACAGAAGCUGAACAUCUCAACACAGCUUUUGGAUUUCUGUCUCUUUCUUUCUCUCUGCUCAGGCUGUGAUCUGCUCCUUGUGUCCAACCAUCUCAGACUCAGUACAGUGUUGUUGUUCUCUGCAGUGUGUGUGUGUGUGUGUGUGUGUGUGUGUGUGUGUUUGUGUACAGGAUGUGAUUUUGAAAGAAAGUGGACAAAAAAAACAGCAUUUUGAUUCUCUGGAGGUUGCAGUUUGUUUCCGAACUUCCUGUUAAUGUGACUUUCUGUUGAUGUAACUUCCUGUUGCUGGUGUGUGUGUGUGUGUGUGUGUGUGUGUGUGUGUGUGUGUGUGUGUGUGUGACUCAGCUGUUUCCUGCCAUGUUUGGCAGCGUUAAAAAGAUUGUGUCUGCAUUUGAGAUAAGGAAACAGCCCCAUCAUCUACCUCCAUCCCUGUCUUCACUCUGUUCCUCCUCCCAAAACCCCUCACAUAUUCAACAGACCCCACCCCUUUCCACCACACCCACUCCAGUUGUAAAAACAAUCCCCUGUCUGUUCACCACACCCGAGCCCCACCCCCACCCCUCUCAGCCAUUAGAACAUGCCCCCUCUGCUUGUACGCUUUCACAGCUGGCUAUGGGUGAGAGAUAUGAUGGAGAGGGAGACAAGCAGAAUGUUGUGUUGAGAAGAAGUGGAGAAGGUCGGAGGAUCCCACGUGUCAGGCUGCGGGAUUCUUGGCCAAUAGGAAAGCUCAGCUGCAUCGAAAGGAACUUCCUCUCAUUUGUCACAAUAGAAACCAAAGAACCAAUCAGCUUUUCCAAAUGUCCUCCAGAAUUUGACAGAAGAAGACUGAGACCCAUACACUGCAAAUUCUCCACAGGACUCAACACCACCCCCACGACCUCCACCACAGGACUCAACACCACCCCCACGACCUCCACCACAGAACUCAACACCACCCCCACGACCUCCACCACAGGACUCAACACCACCCCCACGACCUCCACCACAGGACUCAACACCACCCCCACAACCUCCACCACAGGAUUCAACACCACCCCCACAACGUCCACCACAGGACUCAACACCACCCCCACGACCUCCUCCACAGGACUCAACACCACCCCCACGACCUCCACCACAGGACUCAACACCACCUCCAAAGCAAGACCUAGUUCCCCCAUAGGGACUAACCCUAGCUCUGCUGUAAGCACUACUGCUAGAGGAACGUACAGUUGUGAGUUAGCUAUCGAGGCUAAUGCUAACGCUCACAGUGAGCUUGGACAUCCAGCUCUUGAUUGUGCUGCUGAUAAAAGUGCAUUUGAACCUCCUGAAGUUAGUGUGUUUCCAAAACAAGUGAUUCUGGGUAAUGCUGUUGCUGGAACCCUGGGUAAAGGGAGGGGCCAGGGAAAGGGGAGGGCAUUCCAACCCCAGUUAAGACUCCGCCCCUCUGACACCACCUUUUUCACCCUGCUGUUGCUCUUGCGCAGUGGGUCCAGUAACAGCAUGAUUGCCAUAGACAACAAGAUUGAGCAAGCCAUGGACCUGGUGAAGACCCACCUGAUGCUGGCUGUGAGGGAGGAGGUGGAGGUUCUGAGGGAGCAGAUUAAGGAGCUUGCAGAGAGAAACGCUCAACUGGAGAGAGAGAACUACAUCCUCCGAGCUCUGAGGGAGAACCAGUGACCUUCCUCAUCCCAGGUCUUCAGUUUAAAUGUCUUCAGCAUCCUGGAAAAUGUGGGCCAGACAACUUGGAGUCCAUUCUGAAAUCUGACCAAAAGGUUUAUGAGAUGGAUCGACAGACAGAGGGAUGAAAACCUGUUUAGAUCAAUAGAUUUGAGGACAAAAAUGUUAACAAAAGACAAUAAUUAUAAAAAAGGGCUUGAAAAGAGAAUUUUAGAACAGAUUGAUGCUAAUCUAUUAAUAGUGUUGAAAUCAAUGACAGAAUUCUGUAUGUUUAUUUAUGUUGUUAUUACAAAGAGAUAGUGUGUGUGUGUGUGUGUGUGUGUGUGUGUGUGUGUGUGUUUGUGUGUGUGUGUGUGUGUGUGUGUCAACAGUGAGCUUUUUUUAUAAUAGUUAAUAUAAUAAUAUUGGUCCAUGGUGACAGCUGUAUGAGGAGGAGGAGGAGGAGGAGGAGGAUGUGUUUUUGUGGUGUUUGUGUUUGUUGUGAUUAACAAACAGGAUUCUGUACGAACACGACUUUAUUAUAUCUAAUAAAUAAUCUCACUUUUUAUCGUA